AUGUUGAAAGAGGGAGCUAUUGAAUCUAGGCUCGUAGCUGGCCCACUGGUCGUCACUACUUGGCCAAGGAGCUUCCUUCUUCCUCCGCAUUCCCGCGGAAAACUUCUACGGGACUUCAAUCAGUCCACCGUCGUCGUCGGCCAUGGCUACGCUUCCUUCCAAGCCAAUCGCCGGUCAUUGAUUUCGUUUUCAGAUGAUGUUAGCUUAUUGGUUGUGUUGAUCGAUACCAAUCCGUUCUUCUGGAGCACAUCGUCGUCCUCUCUCAAUUUCCACCAGUUCGUCUCUCAUGUGCUGGUUUUUCUCGAUUUAAUUGUGCGACUGAGCCAACUGAAUCAAAUCGUGGUCAUUGCUACUGGGCAUAAUACCUGUGAUUACAUUUAUGACUCGUCGUUGGAUACGGAUCAGGUCACGGGGGAAGGCGAAUUGCCUGCUUUGUACUCAUUUGUAUUGCAGAGAUUGGAGGAGUUCGUGGACAAGGACGAGAAGUUGGGGGCCAAGCAGGAAGGUUUAUCAGAGAAGAGGGCGUCUUCGUUGCUGUCUGGUUCGCUGUCGAUGGCACUCUGUUAUAUACAAAGGGUUUUCCGGUCUGGGCCACUCCAUCCACAGCCUCGAAUAUUGUGUUUGCAGGGAUCUCCAGAUGGAUCUGAGCAAUAUGUGUCGAUAAUGAAUGCAAUCUUCUCUGCACAGCGCUCAAUGGUGCCGAUAGAUUGUUGUUAUGUUGGUUCCCAUAAUUCUGCCUUCUUGCAGCAGGCUUCAUACAUAACAGGAGGUGUAUAUGUUAAGCCCCAACAUUUGGAAGGGCUGUAUCAAUACUUAGCGACUGUGUUUGCUGUCGACUUGCACUCGAGAAGCUUCUUACAACUGCCAAGGCCAGCUGGUGUAGAUUUCCGUGCUUCAUGUUUUUGCCAUAAAACAACAAUCGAUAUGGGCUAUGUAUGUUCUGUUUGCUUGUCAAUAUUCUGUAAGCAUCAUGACAAAUGUUCGACUUGUGGGUCUGUCUUUGGUAAGGCUCAGUUAGAUGCUGCAUCGGAUCGCAAGAGAAAGGCCUCCGAAUCAUAGAUCUUAAAAAUCUUGUUAGAAGCUCAGUCUCAAAUUUGUCAAGCUAUCUGAAACUUCAACUGGAGAGGCAGAUAUGUAGACAUCCGGAUUCACCCACCAAGACUUGCAGCUUUUCUGGAGCAGAAAUAAGAACGCACUUAGAGCUUCCACGAAACUCAGUUCCAAUCUCCAUUACUGGAGCUGGAAGCAGCCAUGUGAAUGCUCGACGUGGAAGUAGCUCCAAGAACUACCAUUCAAAAUUUCUCAUCUAUUUUUGGAGGGCUUCCUUUGAUCUCUUGUUGAAGCUGAAUUUUGAUAGUGAUAGCAAAGUUUGUAACCGGAAAUGUUACUUUGAUCUGUUGUCCAAUCCAAUCAAACAAGGAACUGAAAUAUGACAAUGUUGUGAACACCAUCUCCCACUAAUAUUUACAGAGAACAUAUAUACAAUUGAGAAGAGCUUGAACAAUCACAUAGUUCGAAAUCGCGACAUAAAGCUCCCCAUGCAAAUUCGUUAUAUUUACAUCACACAAGAAGUCUGGUCCUCUGAUUCACAGAGCCCUGAGGACAACUUUGCUGGUUUUGUGAACACCCACGGCAGCAUAUUUCCACACAGCCCGAGUCUUGUACAAACUGCAUCAUCCAACAUAGCACAGCCAUAAACUGAUUCAGUAAAGCUCCCUGCUUUUAAUAUUAAUCCAUGAAACCAGACGUGCACCAAGCAAAACAAAAUUGAAAAACUUGGAUCGCACCAAAACACCACAAACAAGGAACUAAAGUUGAAAGUUCUUGCAUUACGAAGUUCAUUUAGAAGUGAUUGUGUGUUUGAGC